UUCAGUAAAAGCCGACACACACAGGCGCACGUUAUCCAGGAGCCAAGCAGACGAAAUGUCCGAGUCUGUUGUUAUUGUCAGUGCAGUCCGUACACCUAUAGGCACUUUAAAUGGAUCACUCUCUUCUAUACCUGCCCAUGAUUUGGGUACAGUCGCAAUAAAAGAAGCAUUGAAAAGAUGUAAUGUGGCCUGUGAAGAAGUGUCAGAGGUUAUUUUAGGUCAAGUCUUAACUGCAGCACAAGGACAAAAUCCUGCCAGGCAGGCUUCCAUCAAUGCAGGCAUUCCAGACACUGUACCUGCUUGUGGAGUGAAUAUGCUUUGUGGAUCAGGACUGAGAGCAGUUGUUCUUGGCACACAGGCAAUUCAGCUGGGAGACUCUAAUAUUGUAGUUGCAGGUGGAAUGGAAAGCAUGAGCAGGUCUCCACAUGCAGUUCACAUGAGAAAUGGGGUGAAGUUUGGUGAUAUGAGUAUGACAGAUACAGUGCUGAGUGAUGGUUUGCAGUGUGCCAUCAAAAACUGUCACAUGGGAAUCACAGCUGAGAAUAUAGCUAAGCAGUGGCAGCUGUCUAAAGAAGAACAAGAUCAGUUUGCAUUGAACUCCCAGCUCAAGUGUGAAGAAGCUCAAAAAACCAACUACUUCAAAGAUGAAAUUGUGCCAGUCACUAUUAACAUUCCAAGAAAAGGACCACUAGAAGUAAAUAAAGACGAGUUCCCAAGGUCAGGUUGUACAAUUGAAGGACUUCAGAAGUUGAGACCUGCAUUCAUCAAAGAUGCCUCUGGUACAGUGACAGCUGGCAAUGCAUCUGGUAUUAAUGAUGGUGCUGCAGUUGUUGUGUUGAUGAAGCAGUCAGAAGCCAUAAGCAGGAAUGCACCAGUAAUAGCCAGAAUUGUCUCAUGGGCACAAGCAGGAGUUGACCCUUCCAUUAUGGGCACUGGACCCAUUCCUGCUACUAAAAAAGCACUAGCAAAGGCUGGUUGGUCAACAGAUGAUGUAGACCUAUUUGAACUCAAUGAAGCAUUUGCAGCACAAUCUCUUGCUGUGGUAAAGGAACUAAACUGUGAUCCAAAGAAAGUGAACAUAAAUGGUGGAGCCAUAGCCCUUGGUCACCCAAUAGGUGCCUCUGGAACCAGGAUACUAGUGACAUUAUUGCAUGCCUUGGUGCGUACUGGAGGUCGAAAGGGUGUGGCAGCAUUGUGUGUGGGAGGAGGCAUGGGAAUUGCCAUAUGUGUUGAAAGACCUUAAUUUAGUCAAAU